AUGUCGUCCUGGAAAAGGGCAUCCAAAAGCAAUCGGAAGGUGCAUCGCGAAGGCCAUCAACCCGUGGCGCGCCAGCAUCUCGGUCUGCUCGAGAAGCAGAAGGACUACAGAAAGUGUGCCAUCGACGCACAGCACAAGGAGAGAACGCUGAAGCUGAGCGACGAUGUGCAUCGCGAUCGGGAGGCCACGGACAAGCAUACGCCUGACCAGUUGGCGCUCAUGCAGACCCAAGAUCUGAACCGAAAGCAUAGCGCCUUCCGUAAGGUGCUACAGGCGAAUGCAAAAAUCUUGGGGCUGCGUCGGUUGCAUCGGUUCCAUCAGUCCGUGUCGACGUUUAAUCUCGAAUUCGUGGAUCUGUUCUGA